UAGGCAGAGCCUACACCAGAAACUUUAGAAAUCCAACCUAACCUCAAACUUUCGGUCGACACUCGACACUUCAGUUUCAGUACACGGGGGGCUGAAUUGGGCUGAACCAAAAACAGGGGGUGGGCGUUCGGAUGGUCGCAAAAAUCAUUUUAAUUGCGACAAAUUUUGUCCCCGUGAUUCGUGAUAAUUCGUAAAAUAUAAUGUGGAAGUUUGUGGCUCGUGGAAUUCGAGAAUCCUUCGAACGUCGCGCAGGUUGUCGCACGAAUGUUUGUUCCCAAACUUCGCAAGACAAUAACGCGAAAGGCGAGGUUAAGACGAGCCUUGUUUGCAAUCAAAAGUUCCUGCCUCCGAGUUUUUCGACAUUUACCAACGGAUUUUUCAGUUCUGCAAAUUCCAGGGGUACUAAGGAUAAAAAACACGAGUCAAAAUGGGAUGCUAAGCACAACUGGACCGAAGCUGUCGGUUGGUCAAGCGUGCUCGCAGUUGGUUGGGUAGUUUGCCAAUCUCUGUGUCUACGUAGGAGGUUCUUUGAGAAGGAUCAGCGCCAAGAGUCUGUCUACGACAAAAGAGUCUUGCAAGUACCAGAAGUCCACCUCAAACACUUGUUGACUCAAGUGUUAAAUUUGAAGCCCCACUUCGUGUUACCCACCGCUCAUUGCAUAGGAAAUGACAAUGAAAAAGUCGAUGAGGCUACAGAAACGGACUGGACACCAUCAAAACCCUACGGACCACUCACCGCCGAAGAGACUUUGAAGGAAGCCGAAAACAAAUUCUUCCACACUCACAGAAUUGCAAUGGGAGAAUACGAACUGCGUUUGGGAAUUAUAGCUGUAAAAAACAAACGUUACGAUGAAGCCAUCAAAAAUUUUGCGACUGGAGCUAAAUUGUCUUCUUCAGGAAGCACAUUUAAUCUAGGAUUGUGUCACGAGUUAGGACUCGGGACCAGCGUUAACAACAAAAAGGCGGCGAAAUACUAUAAAAAGGCUGCAGAAAUGGGACAUGCAGAUGCGAUGUACAAUCUUGCCGUUUUUUACGCGCAAGGAAGAGGCGACUUUUCAAUCGACUUCGAUAGGGCCCGAACUUUAUUCAAAAGAGCAGCAGAUUUGGGCCAGAAAGAAGCAAAGCAUGCUCUCGAGUUAGAGGCGAAGCACCAGGUCGAAAAAAUUUCGAACGAAGUUCUCUCUCUCUCAAAAAAGAAUAUUUUCUCCAUAAAGAAAGUCCACAGUGCUAUAAAAAGUAGCCUUAGUGAAAUAGUAAAAUACGAAGACACUUUUAUCUCGAAAUCGAGUGAGAAAUCAGGUUUUUUAUACAUCGAAGAGCAACCAGAUGGUGACAAAAAUCCUACCGAGGUAUUUUUGAACAUGCUCGGUAUUAACGAGCAACCUCUCGUCGAUACGAUUGCGAAUUCUUAAUUUUAAUUCUAAUUUUAAUAUUUUUGAUCAUUAAAAAAUUGUUUUUGCGCGCGAUCUCGUGCUGCAAAUAUCUAAAGUCGAUGAUGCCAUGUAAAUAGAAAGUAAUAUUGUUUACUGACUGAUUGUAGAAAAUAGGAUUUCAGGCCCUUAAAUUGUAUUCUUUUAAAUUUUAAAUGAUGAGAAUUUAUAAAGACUGACUUGGACCUAAAUCGAAAAACAUAACCGUUUCGUAUUCUCAUCAUCAUAUGCGUCAAGCCUCGAUAAAUCUGUAACGCAAUUUUUCUCUGAUCUACAUACUUAAAACGAGAAAUUGCAUUCUUUUUCUGGCUCUCACGAGAAUCGCCAUAAUUUGUACAUAAUGCGUACUCAGUAGGAUUAAAAUAAAUUGAUGUAAUUAA